UUUCACCAAUCAGUGAGCACGACGCAUUCUUCUUUUCCCCCUUAUUCUUCUUCUAUUUCCUCAUUGAUCAUGGCUUCUCACCAUUCUUCUUCAUCAGUUUUCACUACCUUCAAGCUCUGCUUUUGCCUCUUACUCCUAUCCUUCAUUGGCAUGGCCUCGGCUCAAUUAACCACAAAUUUUUAUGCCAAAACAUGCCCGAAUGCCCUUUCAAUAAUCAAAUCUGCAGUGAACUCUGCAGUGAAGAGUGAAGCUCGCAUGGGGGCGUCCCUGCUCCGUCUUCAUUUCCACGACUGCUUUGUUAAUGGGUGUGAUGCAUCGAUCCUGCUGGACGACACAUCCAACUUCACGGGUGAGAAGACGGCAGGCCCAAAUGCAAAUUCGGUAAGAGGAUAUGAGGUGGUGGACACCAUUAAAUCUCAAUUGGAGGCUUCCUGCCCUGGGGUGGUUUCUUGUGCUGACAUCUUAGCCGUUGCUGCUCGGGACUCCGUUGUGGCGCUGAGGGGACCUAGCUGGAUGGUUAGAUUAGGCAGAAGAGACUCGACGACAGCGAGCUUAAGUGCAGCUAAUAGUAACAUUCCUGCCCCCACUUUGAACCUUAGUGGCCUCAUCUCUGCCUUCACAAACAAAGGUUUCAAUGCCAGGGAAAUGGUGGCUCUGUCAGGGUCUCAUACAAUAGGGCAAGCAAGGUGCACAACCUUCCGGACUAGGAUCUAUAAUGAAGCCAACAUAGAUGCCUCAUUCAAGACGUCUCUGCAAGCCAACUGUCCAAGCUCUGGGGGUGACAACACCCUCUCUCCACUUGACACCCAAACUCCUACAACUUUUGAUAAUGCCUACUACACCAAUUUGGUGAACAAGAAGGGCCUUCUCCACUCGGACCAACAGCUCUUCAAUGGGGGUUCCACGGACGCUGUGGUUAACACAUACAGCACCAGGUCGACUACUUUCUUCACAGACUUUGCAAAUGCCAUGGUGAAGAUGGGAAACCUCAGCCCACUUACUGGAACCAGUGGCCAAAUCAGGACCAACUGCAGGAAAACCAACUGAUUCUACCUAUGCACCAUAUGUAGGCCUUCCCUAGUAGUGUUCAUUUUGUUUUUUCUUUUUUGACAAAACAACUAUGUUUGUAUGGUUUUCUUGUGAUUUGAUUUUGUAAUUUCAGCUUAAUUGAUUUAAAAAGAAUGUCAUGGAAUAUUACCAC